UCAGUGUUGGACACGCUCUAUGAGACAUCCCAGCUUUGGCAGCCCACAGCAUCCGUGUGCCGGUCGGUGAUUUGGAGGAGGACAGUUUGUUACUGAGCUGACUAAGUGGAGGAAGCUCUUGCUGUCCUAGCACCACCGGGCCAGACAAUCCUUCCCUUGGCUGAAGAUCCCGUUGGAUCUCUUCCCAUAAUGGAAGCGUGAGUGCCAAGAUCCUCCAUGACCUCCAGAAGCCACAACUCCUUACCGAGAACUCUGAUGGCUCCACGAAUGCUUUCCGAAGGUGCCCUUGGGGGCAUCGCCCAAAUCACCCCCUCGCUGUACCUGAGCCGGGGCAGCGUCGCCUCCAACCGGCACCUGCUCCUCUCCCGGGGAAUCACCUGCAUCAUCAAUGCGACCAUCGAGAUUCCCAAUUUUAACUGGCCCCAGUUUGAAUACGUGAAAGUGCCUUUGGCUGACAUGCCCAACGCCCCCAUCUCCCUGUACUUCGACAGCGUCGCCGACAAGAUAAACAGCGUGGCGCGGAAGCACGGGGCCACCUUAGUCCAUUGUGCCGCCGGCGUGAGCAGGUCGGCCACCCUCUGCAUCGCCUACCUGAUGAAGUACCAUAAGGUGUCCCUCUUUGAGGCAUACAACUGGGUCAAAUCGAGACGCCCCGUUAUACGCCCCAACGUGGGCUUCUGGAGGCAACUGAUAGACUACGAGAGGAAGCUCUUUGGGAAGACGACGGUUAAAAUGGUACAGACACCAUAUGGCAUCAUCCCAGACGUUUAUGAGAGAGAGAGGAGACCCCUGAUGCCUUACUGGGGAAUUUAAUGUGACUGCAGACAGGAAGCACAACAGAAGGGACGAGCUGUUCUGAGUCGGCCAGACUGGAGACAUUCCCUUCUCCUUCUACAGCCAACUUUGGUUCUUUACCAUACAGCAGAACCUCAACUAAUUCUCACCUCACUAACCUGCAAGGCCAACGAUUCCCUUCAAAGCAUUUCUCUCUACAGGGAUUCCCCCAUCCGCAUUUCUCUGAUUUAGCAGAAUGAGGUCUCCUUAUAAGUUUCUUCCCUUCAUAAAGCCUCCCUCCCUUUUUUAGUCAGUUUAUUAGUAUCCUAUGAGGAAAGGCCUAAAAGGCAUUUGGCAGAGUUAAUGAACAAAGUGCGCUUUGUGAUGCGGUAGCCUGGAUAUUUCGUUAAUAGCUUGUUUGCUUCCUUGCAAAAUCCUGUAGUGGCUAGGGAGCGGCACUAGCACAGAACGAGCGAGGUCCUACUGUACGGCCCUGGGUUUUUCAAGAGCCAGGAAGGCAGGCGUGCAGGGUUGUGGUGCUAGUGCUGGUGUUUUCUUUAACAUCCGUAGUGACUCUCAGUAUAUAGUGUUUGAGAUCUUUAGUCAGCUCUUAAUCUGUAUUAAAAGUUUAAAAAAAAAAAAAAAAAAA